CCCCCACCCCCCCCACCCAAGUGUCGUCUGGAUGUCAGCUGACCAUGGUGGUCUGAACUGUGUGUAUUCACUUUAAAGCAACGCUUGACUUAGAGCAGAGACAGACCGGAGUGAAAAGACAAAGCAAAUUUAAACAAAAUGUCUCAAAACAAAGAACUGGUGGUUUUCUACAUAACAUAUAAACUCUCCCAGAAAAACUAUCCUCUCAGCCACUUGGGACUAAAUGAGUCUCCAAACAGGACUGAUGGAGAGGAGGCAACGCACGCCAAUGGGACUUUUAACGGCACCAGUCCCGGGACCCCCCCAGCAUCCCCGCUAAGGCAACAACAGUUGCCAUCAACGGCAAACCUGGAUGCGGUGAAAGAGGCCCUCCGGGACUCAGCCAAUGAGUUUGAGCUGCGAUAUGCCCGUGCUUUCAGUGAUCUGCACCACCAGCUGCAUAUCACACCAGCCACGGCCUACCAAAGCUUUGAGAGCGUGAUGGAUGAAGUGUUCCGGGACGGCGUCAACUGGGGCCGCAUCAUAGGGCUUUUUGCAUUUGGCGGGGCGUUGUGUGUCGAGUGUGUGGAGAAAGAGAUGAGUCCGCUGGUGGGUAGGAUUGUAGAGUGGAUGACAGUCUACCUGGAUAACCACAUUCAGCCCUGGAUCCAAGGCCAAGGAGGAUGGGAGCGCUUUGCUGAACUCUUUGGGCAGGAUGCGGCGGCAGAGAACAGGAGGUCUCAGGAGAGCUUCAAGAAGUGGCUGCUGGCGGGGAUGACCCUGGUGACCGGCGUCGUGGUGGGCCACUCAUCAUCCAGAAACGCCUGUGAGGGGAGACAGGGGACAGCCCGACUGACACUCUUCUCCCAUGAGCCUCUCCACUUGCCUCCUUCAGUACCCUCAACCUGCACACCACAGGAGUUGAAAUGAAGAGUGUGUUGUGGGGCCUGGGCUACUCUACAUGUCUCAUCUUGUAUUGCUGUAUGUCCACACACAGCUCUACAAUAGUUUUGUAUGUGCCAUAUGGAGAAUGAAAGCCAGGGAGGGGGCGCACCCACGCCUAAACAUCUUCAGUAGCCCCCGCUUCCUGCCACCAACACCUGCAGUAUCACAGUCCAGGACUCCAUACACUGCCCUGUCCUUCAUGAUUAUCGGUUUCUUACAAAUGGUAAAUCAAAAGGAGUUCAACAGAUUUUAGUUAAUACAACAUGGAAGUCAAAUUAAAAAUGUAGUAAAACCCCCACUGCUCAUGUUGGUCUGUGCUGUAUGGUCAUACUUGGUCUCAGUUUAAUCCUGUUUGUGUUUAGUCAGCCUGCUGACUUCCACACUACUGUAACUGCAGCUUAUACGAGCAGGGCACCACGUCUCAGACCCUCCAUGUUUACUACACAGUAGCGGAAGAACGCAGCAAAUACUGUAGCAACACAUACAACAGAUAGAGCGGCACCGGCCCCAGCGACACUCAGACUACAGCAGAAAGAUUCUAUAAUCUUAUGAGUCUUAUGGGUUGGAUAUUUCGGUGUAAAGCUGUUUUGGUUGCACGUAACGUUGACCCCCACCCCUGCAUUUAGCAAUUAUGAACAAUAUAAAGACAAGUUAAUAAAUGGAUUCUAACACAAUCUAAUACAUUUUUAUUAAUGUAUUUUUCAUCAUGUUUAACUUCUGCUAUGAGGCACCAGUUACAGCAAAGAAUGGUUGAGAAUAUAACAGUUUCCACCACAUUGGCAGUUUAUUAGGAACACUUAGCUAAGACUAAUGCAGUCUGAGCCAAUCCUCCUCCAUGAGGUGAUGUUCCAUUUUUGUUGAAGGCGUUGAAUCAACUGGGCGAUCAUUUUGGAGGAUGCACUUUCUGCUGCUGUUGAACUGUGCUGCAUUAUACACACAGACCUUUUCUAAUUAUUUAGGCUGGUUAAAUAACAGAAACCCCUCUUUGUGGACCUUUCAACAAAACCUGAUCAUUUUACAAGCCAUACACAAGCAGGUUGGACACUGAAAAGAUCAGAGCUCAGAAAUAGUAAAUUCUUCAUUCGAAGUCCAAUGCUGAUAUUUAACAAACGGCUGGUCUUGAUAUAAAUUCUUUUUUCCUGUUGUUUUUUUAGUUGUGACUAAGAUACAUAUUGAGUGUGGAAUUUGGAAAAAUGAGCCUGUCAGUGCACACUGCUGGACAAACUAAUUAUUGGUAAUGCCGUCUCAAAAUUAGCUUGGUAUUUCUCUACCACAAUUUCCUGUUAUCGAACAAGACAAAGAUGUAUCUACGUAUUGGCAAUUUAUCACUCUAGCUCUGCUGCAUGUAGUAACAGUUUUUCACAGCGUUUCAUAGACUAUUUAAAUCUCAUACAAGCUCAUACAGUAUGAGGUGAUUUAUUGGGCUGGCUAAUAACUGUUUUAUGCUCAAUCCUUUAUCAUCUGGGCAGGUAGUGAUGCUGUGCAGCAGAAGUUAUAAUUGUUGAAAAAUUACACUAAUAAAAUGUUUGUCCGAUUACAGCUACAUGAGGCAAAUCCAUUGGUUCCAGCUUGUCCAGUGUAGAUUUACGGCUGUUCACUGUACUGAUACUAAUAAACUGAACAUCCUGGGAAACUGUGAUACACAUUUCACUAUUUUGUGGACUAAACAUUAAUUGAGAAAAUAAGCCACAACUGCAGCCACAUUUGUUUAUAUACGCUUCUGAAUGUGGGGUGUUAUGGGUUAAAAUGGUGUCACUGAUCAUUUGUGAUCAACUCCUAAUCGUGUGCUCUAGUGGUUAGAAAACGUUUUCUGCAGGGGGAUUUUUUCCACUAUGUGCUAAUCCAAUAAUCAUUUCUUGUUUUUUUUAACCAUUAGUCAGAUACUAUCACACAAUUCUGCUUCAUCUUAUCAGCAGAGGGCAAAUCCUGGCCUAUUGAACGGUCAUGUAGCAAACUCCUGAAGCAGCUGCCUUUCAGGAGACAAUGCGGUUCUGCAUCACAAGUUGAGUUAAAGUCGAUAAGAAAUGUCAUACUGUGUCUGUUCGCCAUCUUAAGCGAAUCACUGUCAGUGGCUGUAGGAGCGUAAAACCUUCAUGUCUAAUCUCGGUCUCGCUCUCCAAGUUAUCCAUGCAUUGCUCUCACAGUCAAUCCACCCCCACUUCUCCCUAGACUCCUCAAAUCUGUCAAAUCUCCAUCCAUCUCUCCUCCUGUUUCCCUCUCCAUCCAGCUCCACCUCUUCCUUUGCAGUCCCCCGGCUGUCACUGCACCUAGUCACGUGUAUCAGUCACAGCUGGCCCACCUGCUACUUCACAUAAACACACCUCGGCAUGCACGCAUACUUGUCAGGUACACACCUGCCAGCCAGUCCAUGAGAGAGAGCGAGGAGGAGGCCUCGUCUUUGUUUUUAAACAUCGUUCCAUCUUUCAUUUAAAGCCGUGUUUGUCGCCUUUCACGCAUCGACAACUGGCAGCUCCAUUAAUUUACUGGGAAAGGUGGGGGCCCUCAUUCAUGUUCCCAGUAUCUACCAACUGCUUCAAAUGUGAUCUUAUUCCAAAUCAUGUCUCCAGCUAAGAACAGUAUGUCCUGGUGUGUUACAGCAGCACAAUAAUACAAACCACAGGUGCCCUUUUCUCAUCAAACACAGGUUCAGCACUAGAUUGAACUGUGUGGAACCACGGACAGUAAACAUUAAAGGAAGGGGGUGCAAAAAAAAAAAAAAA